AGGUAUUAGUCGAAGCCAGCUUGGACUUGUUUGAGCACCUCUACGCGCCCACUUCGCUACCCCGUCAUCGUCCAAACCCCGUCCCCUUUGCGACCGGGUAUCCUUCUUCUUGUCCUGGCAUCCGCGAUUGAAUCCACCAUGUCCGCACUUGUGCGAGCAGUAGGCCAGUCUGGUCGCCGUUAUGUUGUCGAGCGAAUGCUCCAGGAAAAGCCCAUGCCCCUUGACCUUGGCCGCGUUUAUCUUGCUACAUCCGCGGACCAGAAGUACGUCUUAAAAAGCGUGCAGCCGAAGUCAUUCCAGUAUUUCCAGAACAUGUUCGACGAUAUCCGGACCUCUCCUUACUCUCAAUAUGUCCGUGUCCCAGAGGACUCCAUCCCCGACAGAUCCAUGUUCGUAUACAAAUACCUUAAGGAUCACCUUCUAGGCUUCGUUCAGAAAGAUAACCCGCUCCCCGUGACAAAGCGAAUACUGCGCGACGCCCUGCGUGGGAUCGCCGCGAUGCAUGAUAAGGGCAUCGUCCAUACUGAUAUUAAGGCGAAUAAUAUCAUGCUAGAGUGGAAUGAGAAGGGUGGCGAAGUGGUAGUUGAACAGGUACAGGUGGCCGAUAUUGAGGAUGCUGCCUACGUGCCCAAUGACUGCGUUAUUGAGGGACGGCAAGUCGGAAACUGGAUGUGGCGAAGUCCAGAGGCGCAUGCGUCCGGCCAGGUACAUAAACCAUCGGAUAUAUUCUCAUUUGGCGUUGUGUGUAUCUACGCCCUCACCAAGCGAGUAAUCUUUGCAGUGGGAGACGACGAACUCAACGAGCUCAACGAGGGAGAGGAGAAAUUGGCCAUUGUUCUCGAACACCAAAUAUCCUACUUCGGUGACCCCGAAGGGUUCGAGGGUUUGCUCAAGCAUCUUGGCCAGAGUCCUUGGGUUCAGAUAUUUACUGUAAUAGCCGAGGGAUUCAACGAGGAGAAUCCUCGCGUGCCGUUCGCGCAGUGGCCAAUUGUUGAGCCAGAAGCUAGGGACCUCAUUGGACGAAUGAUGAAUAUGGAUCCAAACCGGCGACUAACAGCUCAUGAGGCGUUGGCGCACCCAUGGUUCGCAGACGUUCUGUGAAAGGCUUGGACAGAGUAUCCUCGAUUAUCGAAUGAAGAACCUGGCUGUCUUAGGAACAAGGCCGUCCUAGGAACUUGACAGACUGCAGAAUGGCCCGUAACGUACGGAAUAUUGCAGAGCAAAUUUACUCGAGGCUUGGGACCCAGAAAUUGGAAGCUGGCAGGUCUAUGGGCUCCGCUCACCCUAGCACAGCCAACAGCCCAGGCUGGAGCAUGAGCAGCUUAGUUUCCUAAACGGGGAAGGAAAGUUCUU